AUGUCAGAUGAAGAGGAAGAUGUCGCAGAGUUCUUCAUAUCAAAGCGACGAAGACCUCGCAGGCCGCUUUCGCCUCCUCGUGUCCCCUCCCCUCCUCCCGUUGUCGAAUCUUCUUCCGACGAGACCGAUUCCCCUAUAAGAAGAAGGAGGUCCAAGAAACCGCCUCCCCCGAAACUUGCUUUACCAGCAUGGACCCGACCAAAGCCGCAGAAUAAGAAGUCAGGGAGGAGUAAUUUGGAGUCUAGGAGAAGUGCUACCGCGGAACCGAUAAUCAUUGUAGAUUCCGAUGAAGAGCCCCCACCAAAAUCACGGAUCGACUUAGAUCUUCCGCCACCGCCCGAAUUGUCAGCGGCCAAGAAAGCGGAGCUCGCAAAACUUACCGCGCAAUUGCUGGGUAUAGAACAAGCUCUAGUACCACCGGAGACAACUACGGUACCCUCCUCCGACCCACCAGAAUUGGAAGACGCUCAUUCCGGAGAGACGGUGAUGAUAUCAGUCCGGAUGGUUGCCGACCCUGCUCGUAUCGCCGCAGGGGCUAGUGCCGCUGCUAUCAGAGCAUAUCAGAAAGAGAAGCAGUUCACCGUGGACCGAGGUGGCCCAUUACGAGCUCUGAUGAAAGGUUUAGCGCAGAGAGUUGGCAAGCAACCUGAGGAUUUAGUAUUGGUCUACAAGAAAAGCAAGAUCAAAAGUCUUCAACUGAGACCAGUCGAUCUAGGUAUCGACUCUUAUGGUGAGAUGACCGGUUAUGAGAAAGAUGUGUGGGAGAAGAUACAACAGGAAGAGAAAGCAGCGAGGAGAAGACACCUUGCGGAAUUGGAUGGCCAGACGGAAGAUCCUGAGCCCGCAUCGACAUCACCCUCGAACCCUUCCACCACUAUCGAUCCCCUACCUGAACCGACUGCGGGGCCGAGCAAGACAAGACUGACUUUACGAGGGAAAGAGGGUCAAUAUCUUGUCGCUGUCGAACCGAACGUCAGCGCAAAUGUAUUAUGUCGAUUUUAUUGUAAGAAAGCAGGACGACCGAUGGAAGAUGGCGCUGGCAUGAGGUUGGAAUUUGAAGGGGAGCAAAUCUCACCGGAUGAAGCGAUAGAGGAGUUGGAUCUGGAGGAUGGGGAUCUGUUAGAUGUUGACGGUAUCUACAAGCCUGGUUCAACUGUAUCUCUAGCACAGCGUAUACUUGUCAUGCCCACGGAAACCACCGAUGGAUCUCUUCCCGAUUCCGUACAAAGCGAUGUCAGUUCUAACCUUUCGACAGCACCUUCAUUCCGGUCCAUUCUCUCCUUCUGGGGUAAUGGUAAUACUGCUCCUCCUCCACUGCCUCCACCACAGAUGAAAAAGAAACGUAAAGCUCCGGUAUCCACUCUUCAAGGAAAGCUCGUCACUGGUCCGGACGGUUGGACGGUUGGUAAACCUGAAGUGGAGAAUCUGCCCGUUUCCGAAGCUGGAAGCUCGAUUUUGGUCAAUGCUCCAGAUGCUGAAGGGAGUUCAAACUCUAGGGAUGCUGCUGUUGAGGCUGCAGGGAGAGAAAAAGGGAUAAGGGUUAUCACUAGAAAGCCGAGAGGAAAAAAGGCUCAGCCCGAUGGUCAGGAUGUUGACUCAAGUGGAGCCUUUCUUCCAAUCAUCCAAACCGGAGACGACCAUGAUCCGAAGUCAUCAACUACCUGCAAUUUAGAUCUUUCUGAUCUCGCCCAAACAACCUCUCAGAUCGCAAAGAAGAAACCUCGAAAACCUCAAACACAACCUUCCAAGCCUACUAUCCUCCUCUCUGACACUCCCAGACAUACACCAGUGAUAGAGAUCACCUCCGAUCCACCAGAUAUUGAAUCCAGUGAACGUGAACCAGAUUCGUCCACUUUCACACGUCCCACCCGUCGGAAAGACGGUCCAGCUCAGCAACUUGAAGUCAUGCGACGUACCCUCUCAGACUCUAGCUCGUCGAAGGGUGCCUUGCACGAUCCGAUUCAGAUAGAAGAAGACGAUCAUUGUGAUAUUGAGGAGGUUAAGAAGGUUCCGAAAAAGUUGGUAUUUGCGAGUGAUACGAGACCGACACAUGGUUUCUUUUCUCAGGUCGGAAGUGUGGUGGACAAGAAAGCUGAUUUGGAGACAAAUGGACCACCGGAGGUGAUGGAGAAAUGCCAUGUGGAAAGUCCCGCAGUGGAGAAAGUGAAGAAAGUGCAUACGUUCUUCUCGAUGAACGGUCACGGGGAUUUACCUGGAAAACUGAAACCUGGCUGGGGAGGAGUGAAAGAGGGAGAGGAAUGGUCGGUUCCUUUUCCAAGAGGCGAUUGGCCGAGUCAUCUCCACUUCACCGAAGUUCCUUCUUCCAUCGACAGCGGACUGAAGAAGAGGAAGAGGAAUCUCGCAACAGCCUCAUCGAAAGAUGAGCUAUUUUGGCAGGACUUCCUGCGACAGACAACGACCGCUUAUUCGGCUACCAACGACUCAAAACCCCCAUCAUCUUCAGAACUAUCGACUUUUCCAUUCAUUUCCAACCAUCCUGCCAUUCUUUCCCUACCCCAUAAAAUCCGAUCUGUCUCCAAUCGCGAGACCUGGUGUGAGCUAUACUCCCCUCGAUCGGCCUCUGAAGUACUCGGCAACGAGACCGAAGCUCUGUAUCUUCGUGAUUGGCUUCAUACCCUUCAGCUCGGCUCGUCUUCACAUUCCACCUUUCCAGUACAACGUAAAAUCCGUAGACCAAAGAGACAAAACUUUGACGGAUGGAUAGUCGAUGAUGUUGGUUUAUUUGGUGAUCCGGUCGAUUCGGAAGAGGAAGACGAAUUACAAGAACCUCACGAAGAACCUGAACUACCACUGGGACAACGACCAAAUUCGUAUAUCUCAAUGGAACAACGAUUGACAAAUACUAUCCUUCUGACUGGUCCAUCCGGGUCAGGAAAGAGUGCGGCUGUUUAUGCUGCCGCACAUGAAUUGGGUUGGGAGGUUUUUGAGGUGAAUCCUGGGAUGGGAAAACGGACCGGAGGGAAUGUGACCAGCUGGGUGGGUGAUGUGGGAAAGAAUCAUAUGGUCGUGAGGAAUGAAGAGAAGAAGAGUUUGAAGAGUCUUUUGGGUGUGAAAGAUGCGAAGAUCAAGGAAGCCGUGUUGACUUUGGAAACUCGAGAUAUGGCUGAGGAGUCGAUUCUGAUGGAUCUGAAAAACGAUUCGAAGAUGGAUGUUGAUGAUGAAACGGACGGACGGGAGGAGGAGCGGGAAGCGAAGAAGAUCAAACAGUCUCUGAUACUCAUCGAAGAGGUCGAUAUACUGUUUGAGGAGGAAAGUACUUUCUGGCCUUCUGUCAUUAGUCUGAUAGAUCCCACAAUGAUACCCCUAGAACAACUCCCUCUCCAAACCACAUUACACUUCCAACCUCCUCCAUCUUACUUGGUAAUCCCAUAUCUCGAAGCUAUCGCCAAAACCAGCGGUAUCGUCUUUUCCACCUACCCAUCUCAAUUAUACGCUGGUUCAGUGAUCCGACCUCCUGACGUGCUCAGACGACCUUUACCUCCUAAUGGUAAUGAACCUCUAUCGACAUUUGACAUGAGACGAGCUAUAAUGCAAAUGCAACUUGAUCGAUCAUCUUCUACCUCUCAACCUUUGUCCGAACCGAUGACAGUGUUGACUGAGGAAAUACUGGAGUUGAAGGAUUUGACGAGGAAGAUGGAAUUGGCUUCAUUUACGGAUACGUAUUUGGAUCCGAAAGAUUGGAUGAUACUUGAUACCAUCGAAAUUGAUAGAUAUUCACCUUGUGCAGAUGACGAAAUUGGUAUAUUCUCGUUGCUCAAACCUGAAGUUGAAGACUGGCGUCCGACCUUAGCUUGUACAGCUUUUUCUCAUUGUGUAGAAAUAUCAUCAACUGUCGAGGGGUUGGUCUCUGGGUUUAUUCCUUUUUCAGAGGAAAAACUCCAAGAUGAUCGCUGGGGUAAAGACCUUGAUCCUACCUGA